AUGUCUGACGACUGGAACUCCGUUACCAAGAUCGGUAGCCGCACUCGUGGUGGCGCUGCCGGACCCCGCGAAACCGUAGUCAAGGGCAAGUCAGCUCUGAACGCUGCCCAACGUAGCGGCGGUAUCGUCGCCACAGAAAAGAAGUUCGCAUCUGCCAACGCCGGAGCUUCGUCAGAAGGCCAGCGCCUCACCAAAGUCGACCGUUCCGAUGACAUCGUCAAGCCCAAGACCGUUGGUAUCGCCGUCGGCCAAGCCAUCGCUAAGGCGCGCUCCGAGGCAAAGAACGACAAGGGCACAACUAUGACGCAAAAGGAUCUGGCUACAAAGUGCAACAGCACACCCACCAUCAUCGCAGACUUUGAGCGCGGCACAGCAACACCAGACCAGAAGCUGCUAGGAAACAUGGAGCGCGUGCUCAACGUCAUCCUACGGGGUGACAAGAUGGGGCAGCCCAAGUUCCCGAAGAAGAAAUGA